AUGGGCCAACGACAUCUGGUCAGCAGCCAGUCGCUUGGGGCUGUCCCUGAGACGAGCGAGCGGCUCAGGCAGCUGCAGGACAGCUUCCAAGAGAGGCUCUCAGCCCGAGACCGGUGUGCCACAGUGCCUAAAGCUGCUGAGUCACAGAAAUUCGGGACUAAAUCGGAGUCUUCAAUCCAAGAGAGGUUGAGACACCACCUAAGAUCAGGAGGAGGGAGAGAAAUCCCUCCGGAGACCAUCCUUUUAGUUGGCCUUCGCCCUAACAGGAUGAAUCAACGGCCAUCCGGGAGGAAGAGGCCUUUCUCUAAGACUGCAGAGGCCUCAACCCAAGAGGACAGAGCCACACAGCCUGCAGCAUCGGAAAAGAGAAGCCCGAGCUCCAGGCCCAGGAAGACUCUCCGACUGUCAGAGCGGUCUCCCUCCUCUGCUUCCUCGGAGCGGACCUCCCACUCCUCCAGCUACGGGCGGCCCAAAGAGAAGCCAUGGGUGCGGUGCGCCUACUACACCCAAGUGCGCACCGUGAAGGGGGUGGCCGUGGCGUGGCAAACCGAAAGCACGUUUGCCCCCGUGGACGAGAAGCCCCGCGUCUUCGAGGCCGAGCUCUCCCAGGAGAGCACCAUCGGCUCUCCCCCGAGCCCGGCUGACACCGAGUCCCUGCUCAGUGACACGGAGCCCUGUGCCCAGGAGCCCGAGGCGCGCACCCGUGCGCCCGCCGUCCAGGAGCAGGAGGGGCCGCCCCGCGCGGCCACCCCGGAGUGCCUGGUGACCAGCGAGCUCGGCUUCCGCUGCGUGGCCUGCUGCCGCGUGUUCCCGUCGCGGGAGGCCGUGGUGGCGCACGCCGAGCGCGGCGUCAAGGAGGGCUUUAGUUGCCGCGUCUUCUAUGAGGAGAUGCUGGAGCGCCGGCGGUCCCCGUCCGCGCCGCGCCGGCCCCGACGCCGCCACCUGCUGGACCAGAAGCUCCUGGUGGCGGCCAAGAGCAGGGAGGUGCGAGCCAAGGAGGAAGCCUGCCGGCGCCUGCAGGAAAGACUGCAAGCACGGAACCAGGAGCUGCGGCGGCUGCGGCGCGAGCUGGCGCGGCUGCAGAGGCAGGAGCGCAGGGCGCGGCUCCAAGGACCGCGGGGCACGCGCUGGAAGGGCCGCGCUCAGGCCCUGUGA